AUGACCUCUGCAAGAUCUGGUGCUCAUCUUCGUCAGCGCCGAUGGAGUCGGCGAAACCUGGAAAUUGGAUUGUGCGAUGGAGGCGGAGUAGCUGUUUCGGCUCUUCGUGCUUCCCUUCGAAUCUCCCAGAUCCGUCCAGAAUCUUCGAUCUUCUGCCUACUGGCGCACGAACUCAUGCGAGACAAGCACUUCGAUCCGUCCAAAAUCGAAUCCGAUCUGAUGAAGCUGUUCGAAUUGGAGGCCUACAAGGCGUGGGCUGCGCUGGAAUCGGCGAUGGAGGCGGCGAUCACGGAGUUACGUAGGUUCGAGGAGGAGAUGGAUGGGAUGGCGAAGGAGAAGGCGGCGUCGGUGGCUUCGAAGAGGUUCGUUCCAGGGCGGCGGAUUGGAAAAUAA